GCCGCCGCGGGCUGCAGCGGCGGACGGGCUCACCUGGGACAGGUGGCUCCAGGCGAACCGGGACGGCAGAGGACGGGCAGGGGGCCGGCACCGAGAGGAAGAUGCUGCGCGAGCGCACUGUGCGGCUGCAGUACGGGAGCCGCGUCGAGGCGGUGUACGUGCUGGGCACGCACCUCUGGACCGAUGUCUGCAGCGCGGCCCCAGCCGAGGCCCAAACCUUCAGCCUGAAGCACUCGGAGGGCGUGCGCGUGGAGGUGGUGCGUGAUGGGCAGGCCGAGGAAGUGGCCACCAAUGGCAAACAGCGCUGGCCCCUGUCGCCCAGCACCACACUGCGGCUCACCAUGGACAAGGCGAGCACUGAGGCCAGCAGCAACAAGGUCACCAUCAACUACUAUGAAGAGGAGGGGAGCAUUCCCAUCAACCAGGCUGGGCUCUUCCUCACGGCCAUUGAGAUCUCCCUGGACGUGGAUGCAGACAGAGAUGGCGUGGUGGAGAAAAACAACCCAAGCAAGGCAUCCUGGACCUGGGGACCCGAUGGCCAAGGGGCCAUCCUGCUGGUGAACUGUGACCGCGACACGCCCUGGCUGCCCAAGGAGGACUGCAGUGAUGUGAAGGUCUACAGCAAGGAAGACCUCAAGGAUAUGUCCCAGAUGAUCCUGAGGACCAAAGGCCCUGACCGCCUCCCAGCCGGAUACGAAAUCAUCCUCUACCUGUCCAUGUCAGACUCGGACAAAGUGGGCGUGUUCUACGUGGAGAACCCCUUCUUCGGCCAGCGCUACAUCCACAUCCUGGGCCGGCGGAAGCUCUACCACGUGGUCAAGUACACGGGCGGCUCCGCAGAGCUGCUGUUCUUCGUGGAAGGCCUACGGUUCCCCGACGAGGGCUUCUCGGGCCUGGUGUCCAUCCACGUCAGCCUGCUGGAGUACAUGGCAGAGGCCGUUCCCCUGACACCCAUCUUCACAGACACCGUGACAUUCCGGAUCGCUCCGUGGAUCAUGACUCCCAGCAUCCUGCCUCCGCUGUCGGUGUUUGUGUGCUGCAUGAAGGACAAUUACCUGUUCCUGAAAGAGGUGAAGAACCUGGUUGAGAAAACCAACUGUGAUCUGAAGGUCUGCUUCCAGUACGUGAACCGGGGCGACCGCUGGAUCCAGGAUGAAAUUGAGUUUGGCUAUAUCGAGGCCCCCCACAAAGGCUUCCCCGUGGUGCUGGACUCCCCCCGAGAUGGAAACCUGAAGGACUUCCCAGUGAAGCAGCUCCUGGGUCCGGAUUUUGGCUACGUGACGCGGGAGCCGCUCUUUGAGCCCGUCACCAGCCUCGAUUCCUUUGGGAACCUGGAGGUCAGUCCCCCAGUGACGGUGAAUGGCAAGACAUACCCCCUGGGCCGGAUCCUCGUCGGGAGCAGCUUUCCCCUGUCUGGCGGUCGGAGGAUGACGAAGGUGGUGCGUGAUUUCCUCCAGGCCCAGCAGGUGCAGGCACCCGUGGAGCUCUACUCAGACUGGCUGACCGUGGGCCACGUGGAUGAGUUCAUGGCCUUUGUCCCUAUCCCAGGCAGAAAGCAAUUCCGGAUGCUUAUGGCCAGCACCUCAGCCUGCUACAAGCUCUUCCGGGAGAAGCAGAAGGAGGGCCAUGGGGAGGCCAUCAUGUUCAAAGGCUUGGGUGGAAUGAGCAGCAAGCGAAUCACCAUCAACAAGAUUCUGUCCAACGAGAGCCUCAUAGAGGAGAACCAGUACUUCCAGCGCUGCUUGGACUGGAACCGUGACAUCCUCAAGAAGGAGCUGGGGCUGACGGAGCAGGACAUCAUCGACCUGCCUGCCCUGUUCAAGAUGGAUGACAGCCGCAAGGCCAGACCCUUCUUCCCCAACAUGGUGAACAUGAUCGUGCUGGACAAGGACCUGGGCAUCCCCAAGCCAUUCGGGCCCCAGACGGAGGAGGAGUGCUGCCUGGAGGUGCACGUGCGCUCCCUGCUGGAGCCCCUGGGCCUCUCCUGCACCUUCAUCGACGACAUUUCCGCCUACCACAAGUUUCUGGGCGAAGUCCACUGCGGCACCAACGUGCACCGGAAGCCCUUCCCCUUCAAGUGGUGGCACAUGGUGCCCUGAGCUGCAGGAGCCUUGGCACCCUCCCCUCCUCCCCUGCUUAAUCCAGACCCCUCGUGCCCCCCAGAGCCUCCACCUGCCUGACACGACUGGACUGGGAGACCUUCGGGAAGUGGGGUGGGAUUUGGGGUAUGUGUGCCUUGCCCUCCCUGAGAAGAGUCUCCCUGUCCACUGAAGCCACCACAGGGAGCCUCGACUCUGAACUUCCUGGAGAUAGCUGGGCAUUUGUGUCUGCAUUGCCCUGACCUGAAAACAAAUCAAAACCCCAAAACCAUGUACCAAACCAUUCCCCAAAGAAUCCUUAGUCUCCACUCCAAAACCGGAGAAGGGAAGAAGGGAGGGAGGUUCGGGACAGCCAGGUCUUCAAGUAGCCAAGCUUUGAAGUUCGAGGUAGAACACACAGAGGGGACGCUGGGACCCCACACAUGCUUUGAGCUGCCAGUCCCCUUUCAGAUUCGCCUGCCUCGGGGCUGCCGGGUGGCCACUUCCAAAUAUUCAUUCCUCACCAGCCCCUCUCAAGCUCUCUUGGCUUUCUCUCUGCUGUGGAGACACCCAUGGCUAAUCCUUCCCACCCCCUGAGGGUCCAAUAAUUUAGCUUAGAACCUUCGCUGGAAACAGAUUUGAGGGAUGCUACUUAUGCCUCAUCUUCCCCGUGGACACCGGCUCUCUCAGAUGCUCGGGGGCUGAACCCAGAUCAGCGUCCUUGGGACCCAAGAGCUCGGUGUGUCAACCUGCCCCGAGGUCAGCCACAGCUAUCUUCUCUUGCCUGGCCCUUGAUCCUCUGGUCAGUCCUGACCCAUCCCUGCCGACACCCCUUCGCCAUUUCCUUCCUUUCUGUUCUUGAUGCCAUUUCUCCAAGCAGCCAGACGAGAACUUCUUCACCACCUGCCAGGCUCAGUCCUUCCCCCAGGGCAUAAAUGACAACCUGCCCCUUUCCCCAGGCUUCAGACCCAACAUAUAGGGACCCUGGCCUAAGCCUCCAGCCUGGACAGCCAGCUUGGGGCCAGUGGCUGGCCUGAGAGAUGGAUAAACUCACUGGAACUCACUAGCACAUUUACAGAAGAAUCUCUUAUUUGGACAUAUCCAGAUUAAGUCCUUGGUUCCAAAUGAAAUGACUCAAUUUCAGCCAAAAAGCAUUCUUUUAGGGCCAGUUGAUGUCAGGAGAGUGAGUGAAUCGUAAAAGAGAACCAGUUUAUAACCAACGGAAAGGUUAUGAAUUUGUAUCCUCUGGGGAAUGGGAUUUUCAUUUUGGAUUAUUUCAUUCAAUCAUUUAACAAAUAUUUAUUGCAUAGCUGCCAAGUGCCAGGCACAGUGCUGGGCUCUGAGGAUGCAGUGGUUAGCAAAGAGGACCCGGUCCCUGCCUUCACGGAGCUGGUCAGUUCCUAACAGGCAGUGCCCACAUUCAAAUGGCCAGCUUCUGCCCUUUCAGUGAUGUGCUCUUUGGAAACGCCAGUCCGCUAUAUCCAGGAAAUGCAGAGCACAAGGCCUCCCCCAAGUCACAGUCUUGGUGAAGUGGAAGUCUUUAAACAGGCCCCCUUCCCAUCCAGCCGGGCCAGCAUCACCCAGCAGGUCAGACUCCAAGAUUCCUCAGAAACUGUGCUCCCUUCUGUGGGGACAGUGGCCCCUGCUCCUGGAGGGAGGGACCCUAAGCCUCAGAUCUCUCUAGCCCCAGAGCUAGAGACAGAUACCACAUGCCUAUUUAAGGGUGUUUAUCUGGAGUUUUAGAGUUUGUCAUGUGUGUGAGUUUGGUUAAUGUGGGUUUGUGGGCUUGCUUUCAUUUUUUUUUCUAGUCUACAUUAAGGGGAAGUAAGUACUCCCCAUGUGGAAACGGUGUGUCUUUAUAGAUUUUUCUAAGACUCUCUGGCUUUAUUGAUAAGUUAAUAAUUUCCAGUGUUUCUGAAGCCCCCAGGACUCAGGCACUCGUUCCAACUCGCUUUUCCGGCCGGUGUAACUGGCUUCCCUCAGUGUAGACACUCCCUGCUGGGCUCUGCUCGUCCCCACCCCCACCUCCUAUAAACGUAGGUCUAGACUAUGCCUCUGUGUUGCAAAACUCAACCAAGUUCCUCUUUCAAUCUUUAGUUUGAAAUAUGUUAUGUAAGGGAGCAUGGGGUCUAGUGAAGAUGGCAAGAAGCAGGCCACAGAUUCAACUUUCUGGAAGAGCAGCUAUUAUGGAGGUUGAACAAUGUUUGGGGAAGAGCCUGUGACUGGACAGUAAUAAAAUAAAUGGUCAAAGGGGAA